GCUACCACAGAGCAUUCUGCUUCGCAGAUAGGCAGACGGCGGCUGCUGCAUGACACGACAUUUAAGACCGCGACGACGAAAUCUGCACGGUCAGUGUUCAGUGAUAGACUUGCCCGAAAUUUUUGAGGCCAGUGCACGAUACUGGGGUGACGUCUCUAAAAAGUUCCUCGCCACUUGUCGUUACUGUGCAGAAUCCCGGAGGAUUCAAAUAGACGAGAGGGGCAGGACAGUGACAGUCUAAGAGCGACUUUGGUGAAAGAUGAGUCACGUCGCGGUUCUCGGAGCAGGAAUCUCGGGCCUAGCGACCGCCAGACGUCUGAAUGAUGCUGGUUACCAGGUCACGGUGUUCGAACGAUCAGAUAAGCUGGGCGGUACUUGGGCAUACACUCCCAGCACGUGGCUGGAUGAUGACGGCAGACCGGUGUACACCAGCAUGUAUGAGAACUUGGUCACCAACCUUCCGAAGCAGCUGAUGACGUUUCCAGGCUUCCCCUUCCAUGAUGUGGAUGACUCAUACGUGCGUUCAGAAGAAAUACUAAAAUAUAUCAACAGUUUCGCCGACAAAUUUGGAAUCAGAAAACUCAUCAAGUUCCAGCAGCACGUGGAGAAGGUCAGCCCACGCGGGUCACGCUGGGCAGUGGAAGUCACCGACCUGCGGACACGCCAGUUGCACACCUACGAGUUCGACUCCGUUGCUGUGUGUACCGGACAAUUCUGGUGUCCCAAGUACCCAGCGGUGGAGGGGCGCGACCUGUUCCGCGGCCGGCAGUCGCACUCCCACGAGUACCGGAGGCCGGAGCCCUUCAAGGGCCGCCGGGUGCUGGUGGUGGGCGGCGGGCCCUCCGGCUUCGACCUCGCCCUCAACAUAUCGGCCGUGGCUGAGCAGGUAAUCAUCAGUUACCAUCCAGAAACUGCUCAGAAAGGCCAGUUCCCCGAUAAUGUCAUCGAGAAACCGACGUUGGUAUCUCUGUCUGAGUACGCUGCCACUUUCGAAGACGGGACAUCCGCAGAGAUAGACGAUGUUUGUUACUGCACUGGUUACCGGUACAGAUUCCCAUUCUUGACUCCGGAGUGCGGGGUCACUGUGGAAGACAAGCACGUGCGCCCUCUGUACCACCAGGUGGUGCACAUCGACCGCCCGACGAUGGCCUUUAUCGGUGUGCCGUACUACGCCUGCCCUUGCAUGCUCUUCGAUGCGCAGGCGCAGUUCUGGGUGGCGGUGCUGGACGGCAGGUGCCAGCUGCCAGACCCGGCCGCGAUGCGCCGCCAGGAGCAGGAGGACGUGGAGCGGCGGCGCUCGCAGGGGGUGCUGCCGCACAACAUGGCCGCCUUCCAGCGGGAGUACGUCGACCGGCUGGCGGAGCUGUCGGGCGCCAGCCUCACGCCGCGCUACUACCACAACAUGUUCGAGGCCGUCGGCUUCGACUUCCUCAAGGACCUGCAGAACUACAGGAAGAACAAGUACAGGAUCGUGGGUGACGAAAAUUACGAGAAGGUCCUGUGAGGGCGGAGGAGUGAGAGACGCUACGAAGUUUUGCUAUUAUUAUACUCUCCAUGUAUAAUCGACAAUACCCUCCUGUUUACAAGAUUUAGAUAGCUUUCCCUUGCUUCCAACAUUUUUGUACCUGUUUAAUGCAUACUGAUUAAUAAAAAGCAAUGAUAAUGUAAACCAA